AUGGGUUUUGUGUACGACCCAGAAGAGCAAUUGGCGCAGAUUUUUCCCAAUGCCAACUCUCUAUCGAACAUAAGCUCGGUCAUAGACCAUCUUCAUCGGCACAGAAAACUUUCAAGCGCCAAGAUUGCGUCCGAGAUCACCAAUUACAAACAACCAAUCCACGUUCUGUCGGACAUUGUUGAACUCACACAGAAGAUCGCCCAGAUCCGGAGAAAGUCUAUGGAAACCCAGAAAGAUGUGUUGGCGAUGACAGCGAGCAUAAAGCGGUUGGACACUAUCAAGAAGAAUCUCACCUUAUCGAUGAAAGUACUUGAACGAUUGCAAAUGCUUGCGAGCUCCUUCAAUAGUCUCAUGGAGGUGGCACAAUCUCGAGACUACGAGAAAAUUGCCACUUAUCUUGGUGCGGUGAAGGAACUCAUGCUGUUUUUCAAAGCAUACAAGUCCAUAGACGAAAUCAGCGCUUUGACGCAGCAACUUGGGAAAACUCAGAAUAAGUUAGUUGAAGACGUGUUUAUUGAUUUCGAAGAGUCCUUCACCAACAAUAUUCCGAAUGACAAGCUUGUCUAUGGAUGCGAAAUUCUCGAACUAGCCGACCGCAAGAAUAAAGAUAGACUACUAACGUGGUUCUACAACAUGCAACUUAAAGAGAUCCAAUCCAUCUUCAAUACAUCCGAUGAGGCAGGCGACUUAGAGAACUUGAGCCGGAAGUAUAUUUUCUUCAACAACAUUUUGAAGAAUAUUCGCUCCAACCAUAUGCAUGUGUUUCCCGAACUGUGGAAAGUUGACUGGGAGCUCACAAAAUUGUUCUGUAAAAUGACAAAGCAAGAUUUAUCGACUCAGCUUCAGCAAUCGACCGUAAAACCGGGUGUCCUUCUUGAGGCCCUCACUAAGACACUUGAGUUCGAAAAAAGCUUAAAUGAAGUCUACAAUACAACAGAAUUUUCUAAUAUGAUCCUGGGCCUGUUUGAACCGUACUUGAAGACGUGGGUAGACGAGCAGGACUCGGUUCUUAAAUCCAAAUUCAUGGAAUUCCACUCUUCACCAAAGAUCCCCAAUGAGCUUAUGGGCCCAGAAACAGCUAAAGACCUCUUGUUAGUUCUCAAAGUCAACAAUGUACCGAAUUUUGCAGAUUCAUCGGUCGAACUUUUUAAAAUUUUCCUGAAAAUCUUGCUCCAAAUCAUCAAGUUGUCAAAUGGCGAAAUUUUGAUCGAGUUAUCCAGAUUGUUCUCAAAGUAUCUCCUGGAGUAUCAUUUCAAGAUACUUGCGCCUAUAGUGCAACAAGCUGAAGGGAACCCAAAAGGGAUAGAGCCUAUAAAGUAUUUGACUAUGGUGUUAAACACAGCAGAUUACAUCAAUAAUAACAUCAACGAUUUGGAGGACAAAUUUAAAAAAUUGAUUGAUCCGACGUUCAAAGAGAGAAUUAAUUUUGACUCAUCAAAGAACUUGUAUUUUGAAUUAAUCGGCAAGACAGUCAAGGCGUUAACAUUUAAAAUCUCCAUUGACUUGCAAUUCCCAUGGAGACAGUUUGAAAACAAUAACUGGCAAACUAUGGAUGGCGUUAGCGACACAUCCACAUACAUGGAGGAUUUCGUUCUGAUAUUGCAAGAAGACUGUCGAAUCAUAUUGCCCUUGAUCAUCAGAGACAGCUACGUGAGAAACUUUUGCGAUAGACUAGUUGAACUAGUUGUCAAUGCAUUCAUCAAUAAGCUAAAUUCCAUUCGACCUCUCACGCUUGUUAAUGUGGAGCAGAUUCUUUUGGAUGUCACUGUACUCAAGAGAUUUUUCAAAACUCUUCCUCUCAACGCUGAUAUUAACUUUGACAAGGAUAAAGUGCAAGAGGGUGCAGAGAAGUCGAUUCCUAAGAACUAUACUAGGUUUAUGAAUUCCCAAUUCUUAAAGUUAGAAACAUUAUUGAAAUUGCUAAUGACACCGUCUGUUCCCAUUGACUCAGCCACGGAAAGCUACAUAAACUUGAUUGGAGACAAAUCUGAGGACAACUUUCUGAAAUUUUUGAGCUUAAAAAACAUAGAACCGUCUCGUCAACAAAAGUACAUGGAAACAUUCAAGCUCCAAAUCACAUUGCAUCCUGACCUUGUUGAAAGUUCACCGAUUUUGAGUGUCUUAGAAACCGAAGAUCAAGUACACGAGAAUACGCAUCCUUCCUCUCAGGCACCGCCUUCACAGAUUGAUUAUAAAGAAGUUUUAGGCAGCAAGUCACCCGAGCCUCAGUUCGCUGACUUUUUGAAAACCAAUUCUGCCAAAAUCCAAAACAUCAAAAUAAAUAACCCAUUGAGGGAUUUCUCCAUUAAUGGAGAGGGCCAUGUCAACAAGCUUAAUGAAAACUUCAAAAACUUUGGCAAGUUUUUCCGAACCGAUUAA